GACAUAAUUAAUUAGUCAUGGAUGUCCGUAGCAUUGACGAGACAGGGUACAGUCUUGGAUGACUCUGGAGUCACAUGUAUAUGUAAUGAGAUUGAUCACUGUUCGUUAUAUUCACCUUUCGUUAGCUAGGUUCAGAAGAGGCAUGGUAUCGUUGUAUAGGCCCUGUAGCAUUGGUUUUAGCCAAUAAAAUUCUAUGGCGGGAUAAAUAAUAAUGUCGCGAAUACGACGUCGUACAUAUUUUGUUCCAGUCAUCUAUAGCUAAAAAUAGACCGUUCAGAAAUUCCGUUGUGUGGAAAUGUUAAAGUACUAUUUAUAUCUUUAAAUUUCGUUUAACGUCCCUACAGACUACAAAACAGAAUGGCUACGGUUCCCGACAGGGUCUCGGGAGAACUCUUUGGAAUUUUACUAACAAUCGUAACCUGCCUAUUCAAAUGGGGAACCUCCUUGAAAACAGGGUAUGUUGAUACCUGCCCUGACACUAAAGAGAAAUGGGAGGUCCGCUCCCUCAGCCAGUCGACCACUUGUGGGGGUCAGAGCGAGUAUCACUGUCUACAGGACGAGGCCGGAGAGAAGAAAGAAUUGUGUGUGGAGAAAUCACUACUUAUAAAAGGAUAUUGUCCCAUUGUCACACAGAGUGGGUAUGUGGACUGGCUUGCUUGCAAUAUGACCACACAAAGGGGAUGUCCGAAUAUAUCCUAUGUAUCAAAUGAGGUCUACAAAUUCCCUUUCUGCUUUGGAGAUAACACCCCGUCUUCUAUAAAAACUAAUGUUACCAAUGGACAAUCGGAUACUGGGGAUGGUAUUAGUGCUGGGACGCAAAUUGCAAUCGCCUUAUCCGUUGUGUGUUCUGUACUGUUGAUAGUGAUUGUGCUUCUCCUAGUGUACCGAAAGCGACGAAGGGAUCUUAAUUACACUCCAGAUGUUGAAGGACAUCCUUUGGUACCAGCAGGCACGGAACAUUCAAGAGAAGAAGUUGUAAAGAAGCACCAUGUGAAGGAGGGAAUGAAUGUGUUGAAGAAACACAACUCUCUGUUAAUUACAGGGAAGAUGGGCAUGUCUGUCACUAGUACAGCAGACAGCAUCAUGAGGGAGUAUACCCAUCAGCAUGAAGGAUGGCAGUUCAUACACUGUAAAUACCAGGAACUUCCUGUCAAAUUCUCCCAAAAGACGAUUUACUUUGUGUAUGGAUGGUUUGGGCUCUGGAAUGAUAAUCCAUGCACAGAGCAGGAAGUUAUAUUGGCAUGUAAUGCCUUAGUAAACACUCUUCAGCGAACAAAAAAUGAAAUCAAGUUUAUUGUAGGAAUGAGAUCUGAUAUGAACAAAAGGUAUGCUUCGGUUUUGGAACAAUUUGAAGAUCAUUUACUGGGUAAUCCAUUGUCCUUAGAUUCAGUGAAUCUUUUGAGAGACAAGGGAUAUGAAGAGCACCUUAAAAGUAAUAUUAUCUGUCAGGACAAGAGUUGCAAUAAAUGUAAAAAAUUGAAGUUUGACAUGUUGAGCAAGGAAAAGGAAAAUAAAAUUGGAAUUCCCCUCAAAUUGACUAUUUUGGCAAAUUAUCAUGACCUGAUUCCGGAAUUUAUAGAGCGUAAGAAUAUGAAAGAAACACUAAAAGAACAUUUCAAAUCGCUCAAAGGGCAAGACAAAUCAUUGUAUGAGUGUCUGAUGUAUGUUUGUUUGAAGGGAGAUCUAAAACAGUCAACAGAUAUUGAUAGGAACUUGAAAAGGAAGCUUAAGUUUGAUAUUUCAAAGAAGAGUUUUGAAGAAAAUACGUCUGCUCUGGAUAAAUAUAUCCGAAUGAAGAAUUCAGACAGACAGCAGGGCGUUCCUCCAGAGCAAGCCACAUACGUAUUUUGGCAUCCAUUUAUUUACAUUUGUGCUUUUCACGCUUUGUAUGAAUCAAACCCAGAUGAAGUUAUGACGUGCUGUAACAUUGAUGCCAUUCUACAGCUUGUACGUCCAGAAUCCAAGAACCGCCACAAAGUUGACUAUUUCACUGUUACUGCUGACCAAGACAGGGUCAAAUUAUUCCAGCAGCGAGUCGAAGGUGAAGAACACCAGGACAAAUUAUCUGUACACCCCCUGCUUUUAUUUCAAGCAGAGCAAAGUCCUGGAGGAUCGUGAAUAAGAGAUUUUAUAGUAAAAUGUCAGUCUUAGGAUCUGUGACUACAGUGUUUACCAGUAUUUAAAUGUGUUAAAUAUGCUUGUCUAAAUCGCAGAAUUAAAACACUUUGACAAUUUUGUACAUGAAUAAUUUAUGAAGUGUUGGUCUGCAUGCAUUUAUUGGGGCAUUCUAAAUUUAGAACAUUUUUCAGUGAGAACAUAAUACAUGUAAUGUAUUUAUACUGUUAAUUCAUGUAGUAGAAUAAUUGAUUCACAAUUUUUAAAAUUGUGAUGCAUUUUUGUUGAAAGUAAUAUAUGUGUACGUAUUAGCAGUGUAAUGAGCCAAUGUCAAAAAUGGUACAUUGUUUUCUGAAAGCAAUGUUAGUGCAAAUGUUAAUUCUGUGACAGUGCUUGCUUGAGAAAUGUUUAUUUAUUGUAUCAAAUAUUGUUUUGAUUAUUGUGAAAGUUUUGUUUUAAAUUACAUGAUGUGUAACUUAAGAGAAUUCAGAAUGUAGUGAGUAAUGAAUUAAUUGCCUUUAAUGUACUUACAUUCAUGAAAACUUUUGCUACACAAUUUAACCAAAAUGAGAUCCUUUCAUCUGCUCAUAAGGGGAUCAGAGCAGAGAAGAAUUCAGAACAUUUCUUUGGGGGGGGGGGGGGGGGGGGGGGGGGGCUUGCUUAAUUGACUUUUUAAAAAAAAGAAAUACACAACCAAAGUAAUAAUGCUGGUGGGACGAAUCAGGGUUAACUUGAUUUGGUUCGGUUUCGAUUCAAAUAGGCACAAGUCGGUUCAUUUUAAGAUUGGAUACAUGGACAAUUGAAUUUUCAUUGUCGUUAACUCAUGCCCAGAUAGCAAGCUAACAUUGGCCCAACGUUGGGCCAACGUAAUCAGUUACAUUGGGCCAAUGUUGGCAAAUGACGUUGGCCCAAUGUAAUUUUGCUCAUCGGCCCAAUGUUGGCCCAACGAGUUGGGCCAACGUUGGCCCAAUGUAAUGCAAGUUUUCUCAUGACAUUGGCCCAACAUUGAAUCAACGUUGGCCCAAUGUGUGUGACAUUGGGCCAUCGUUGGCCCAACGUCAUAAGUAGCCCUGUGUUGUGUUCCUUUUUCGUAUAUUAGCCCAACAUUGACCCAGUGUGUGUGAUAUUGGGCCAUCAUUGGCCCAACAUCAUACACAGGUUGGCUUAAUGUUGUGUGCAUUUUCUAAUGAUAUUGACCAAUCACUGAAAUAAAAUUGGCCCAAUGUUUGCCGAACAUCAUAUACACAUUUGGUUAUUUGUUUUGUUUUUUCAUUUAAGCAAUAAAAUAUUGUAUUCAAAUUUUAGAAAUGAUUCCAAUUUGCAGAUGAAUUAACUAAUCUCAUAAUCCUCCUUCAAUUACAAUAUAAGGUUGACCACUGUUAGAGCUCAGUAGAAAAUCUAUCCAUUUUUUUAAAAUCUCCACCAGAGACAUAAGGAUUAUUCAACUUCUACACAUUAUCAAAACAAAAUAAAAGACAUCUUAUGAAUUUAAUUUGUGUUAACAACUGGUCAAAUGAAAAUAUGAUUAAAACAAUAAAUGCAUUCCAGUGUAAACAAGUUAACUUUGUCUCUUUGUCUGAUACAUGUGCAUACACUUUAAUUCUUCCACAAUUAUGAAUCACUGUCCUCUGUUGCAUUCUGGGAGCUUUGGUUUCUCUCUUUUUCUUUUUUUUUCUUUCCUCUCUUUCUUUUCGACCUCCUUCACGGUCACAUGCGUACCGGAACCACUCUUUGAUAACAUUGUUUAUCUCAUUGUGUGUUGCGUCUGCACAUAAUCGGUUUGCUCGAGCAGCUCCUUUCAAUAAAAGUCAAAGUAUUAACCUGUGGCUCUGCUUUGAAAUCUGAAAUAUUUAACUGAUUUGAGAUAGAUAUACAUAUAUAAUGUACUUACAUUUCUGUAUACGUAUGCCAUGACAUAUUACUUUAAUCUGAAUUCACAAUAAAAACGAUUCCCCGGAAUAAGUUUUCCUUUUUCAGUUGCCUUGUUUCACGUUAUUCCUCAGUAAAACUCCGAGAUUAGCUAGAAUGCUGGACGCGUAAAAUAGAUACAGGAUUGACCAUCCCAACAUAUCAG